CGAUAUUCUUCCAGUGUGUUCAGUUAUUUUUGUUUAAAAUGAGUCUUUGGGUUGAUAAAUAUCGCCCCGUUUCUCUAGCAAAAUUAGAUUACCAUAAAGACCAAUCUGCUCACCUAAAGAAACUGGUAGGUUUGACCACGUUCGGGUCAGUUUUUUUUACCCUGCCUUCCUUAAUUAAUUGGCCGGCACUACGUACACCGCGGCGGUGUACCUAGCGAAACUAUUGACUUUGGCCUGCGUACACUGCGGCGGUGUACCUAGCUAAAUCAUGGUCUGUGGCCUGCGUACACCGCAGCGAUUUUAAGUAGCAAAAAUAUGGUCUUUGCGAGUCUUUAACCUUUUGGCCUAACCAGUAUUUGUAGAUUUAAUGUUAUACUCGUGUUAAAACUGAAAACUAUUUAUUUAAAUUUAAAAUUCGUUUAGCACCUUGGGAAGAUAUUGAGUAAGUUUCACGCUUUGAGGCAAAGUACUUGUAAAGCAUUUCUUAUUAUUUUUUGGAAGGGAGGGGGCUGGGGGUGUACUGUUAAAAAGUUAAACAAUGAUUUAUUUUUAAAGUUAACCACUUUAUUCUCCCCCCCCCCCAAUAUAUUGAAAUACAAAUAUAUUUAUUAAUUGUUGUAGGUUUUAUCAUAUGAUCGUGAAUCUUAAUAGGCAUAAAAAUGGGAGCUAAUUUGAAAUUAUUCUCCCCAACCCAGUUGUUGUUUUUUUGUGUUUUUUUUUGGGGGGGGGGAUUAUAAAUAUAACAUUGUAUGUGAUCCCUCGGAGCGUGGUGUAAAAAUGAAUGGGAAGCCAGUGAAUCUAUUUUGUUAGCACCAAGAUAUAAUUACGCCACAAAUACAUUACGGGAAGAGAAUCACAUACAUUGAUCAUGAAGUCGUGAAGUUAAAGUUGUCCAAGGCAUUGUCAUUGUGAUACCAAGCGUGUGUCAACACAAAACAAUAGUAUGAUGAUGAAUACAAAACACUGCAGUGAUUUUUAAAAGUCUUUUAACAAUAAUAAAAUAACAUUGAUUUUGUUUUACAUUUGCAUUACACAUUAGUAAAAAAUGCUGGCGGAGGGGGGGGGGUGCAAAAGUUAAGUUUGUUGUGCGGACUUCCUUUGUGGACAACCCCUAUCCAGAGCCGUGUUUUGUGAAGGCCCCUUUUUGGUUAAGCCUCUGCCCAUAACUAGGGGUGUGCCGGACCCCGGUCCGGAAUCCGGUUCCGCCGGAUUUUGCACUAUCCGGUGAAAUCCGGUUCCGCCGGAUUUACAUGUAUCCGGAACAACCGGAUUCCGGAAUCCGGAAUAUACCGGAUUUCGGAAUUUGCCAGAUUUUGUGACUCACCGGAUCAUAAUCUGAAAUAAAAGUAAUUCUCUUUCCCGAAUUUCACACGAUCACGAUACAUUAAUCGAUUGUUUCGAGCGUUGAGCUUGUUUAAUGUUUAAUAUUCCGUACAUACCAGAGGCUAGAGUCAGCACCGCUAAUAGUGGCCAAUAGUGUAGGGACUUUGAUAAGAAAAUUUAAACUUUUUGUAAAAAUAAACCAAUGGCAUAGUUGAAAAGAUGUAAUUUUUUAAAGAAUUAUAACACCAAAAUCAUAUUUUUAGCUGUUGUAGUUUUAAAGUUAUGAAUUUUUAAAGUACGACUUGGUUUGUCAUUUUUUAACAUGGACUGCAUCUCCACAUUCUGUGAUCUCAUUCCACCAAUCCCGUCAUGCGCAAUGACUAUAUAGUUUAUAUAAGGCAACGCAUUCCCUGCCUUAUCACUAAAAUACUGUUUAGACUUAGUUUAAACUUUCAACUUUGGCACAUGAAUAAUUAAUUAAAGCUUUCCCUGACCAAUGGUUUAAUAGUUUUUGCACACGGCAAACUCUUAUGAAUGAAACUCUGAGGUAGUACUACGAUACAGUUAUGCAAGUGGCUGUGAAUGGUUGCCAAUGACAACGUGUUGCACACGGUAAAUUCUGAUCAUUUAUAAUAUGGAUUCUACCGGGUUGUUAAAGCUCAAAUUAAAACAUUCCAGUUUAAAUGUCUUUAAAUGCAUUCUGAAACACAAGUUAUCAAUUAUUUUGAUGUAAAUAGUGAUAAUAAAUUAAUAUUUCCUAAGUAUCGUCAACUUCCGCCAUUAAAAAGGGGGGCGUGGCCAACCCCAUGGCGAAAUUAGGUUGAGCGAGCUGCAUAACCUGCUGCGAACGCGUAGAAACAUGGCGUCUCUCGUAAGACACUUAUCCAAAUGGAACGGAACUCAAAUAUAUAUCGAAAGUACUAAUUUAAUAAUAAAUAGACACACACAUCGGAAAAUUAAAAACUCGGAUUUUUUGGCGCCGAUUGCGAAUUCCCAUACACAAAAAGUAGUAGUCCACCUUGACUUACCGAAGUAUCUACCAAUAGUACCAAAAUCCGGAAUCCGGGAGAAACCGGAAUCCGGAUCCGGCGGAUUUCGCAUAAGAAAAUCCGGAUCCGGAUCCGGUUGGAAAAAACGGAUCCGGCACACCCCUACCCAUAACUCACCUCCACCCACCCACCCCCACAAGGAUCGAUUUCUUAACCAAAAAAAAAACAAAAAAAGCUUUGACAUUGAUGUCAACUCCUAACGUCUUCUUGGAUUGAUUACAUUCGUCAGUUCUUUCAUACGUUGAAAGCGUCGUACUAUUCUCACUAUCAAUUAACAAACUCAACUCCUUUUCAUAAUAACUAUAACUUUAAUAUCUAAGUAAAUAUAAUAAACAUCCUAUCACUCCAAGGUUCCACUCAAGACUGCCGCACUACUAAAACAUACGUCACAACACGGCAUAGACAAUACGUCACGACUCAGCAUAAAAAUACGUCAUAAAGACUAUGGCGGGAAGAGCGUUCACUAACUAUAAUAGUCAAGCGCGGGAAAAGCGUUCAACAACUAAUGAACAUAAUAUUGAGUCGCAACAAUUCCUAAUGAACGCUCAUACUCGACAAUUGACGUUGUGCCAACACAUAUAACAUGUUGACAUUUUCAAGUGGACAAAAAGUUUAACAAGGGCAUGGGGCAGAUAACUCUGCAGUAAUUAGUCACUAGCUUAAUGAUUCAUCCAAGUAUCUACUUCUGAAGCAAAAUGUUCUUCUGCAGAUGGCUGAUAAGACAGAUUCUGAUAUAAAAUGUUCUUCUGCAGAUUGCUGAUAAGACAGAUUCUGAUACAAAAUGUUCUUGUGCAAAUGGCUGAUAUGACAGAUUCUGAUGCAAAAUGUUCUUGUGCAGAUGGCAGACAAGACAGAUUCUGAUACAAAAUGUUCUUGUGCAGAUGGCUGAUAUGACAGAGUCUGAUACAAAAUGUUCUUGUGCAAAUGGCUGAUAUGACAGAUUCUGAUACAAAAUGUUUUUGUGCAGAUGGCUGAUAUAACAGAUUCUGAUACAAAAAGUUCUUGUGCAGAUGGCUGACAAGACAGAUUCUGAUACAAAAUGUUCUUGUGCAGAUGGCUGAUAUGACAGAUUCUGAUGCAAAAUGUUCUUGUGCAGAUGGCUGAUGAGACAGAUUCUGAUACAAAAUGUUCUUGUGCAGAUGGCUGAUGAAACAGAUUCUGAUACAAAAUGUUUUGUGCAGAUGGCUGAUAUGACAGAUUCUGAUACAAAAUGUUCUUGUGCAGAUGGCUGAUGAGACAGAUUCGGAUACAAAAUGUUCUUUUGCAGUAUGUGCAAGGGAUGGAUAGGACAUCUCCAGGUGCAAAGUUAACCUGGGCUUUUCUGGCUUGUCUCUUAUGCUCUGCAGCUCUGUUGGAUUUAUGUUGUAUGGAGCCCUUGUUUAAGGAGAAAUGUCUGUAUAUUCGAUCCUUUGCUGAUUUUUCCCAUGUAUCUGGUUUUAUACCAAAUACUUUCAGUGAGGCUUUUAGGUUGUAUUUAAAUUGAAAACAUUUGUUCCGUCCACCAGCAAGCCGCCUUCCAUGCUCAAGCUCGCCAUAAAAUAUUCUUUUGGGCAAGCAGCCAUCUGACAUUCUUGUAUCCCGCCCAGUGGAGCUGGGACUGCAUUAAGUUGGUAUAGAAGCUUGGGAGUCUUGCCUGUGUCAUUACUUCAGUGUCUGGGACCUUGUCCUGCCACUUGGUGUAGAGCGGUGUUUCCCAACCUGGGGUCCACGUCCCACAAGGGGGCAAUUUGAUUGUUUACAGUGGGGCAAUUCGAACAUGACCUGCCUAGAAUUUGAAAACCUGUCGUCUUGAGUGGCAUUGAAGGCCAAACAUAUUUGUCAUAUUAUUUUAGAUUCAAAUUACUUUCGAACAUUAAAGAAAGAAUUUGGAAAAAGAACAGCAUUAAUUAAAGUCUCUGUUUACUGCUCAUACUGCAACUUUCAAUCAUACUUAUGAGACUAUUUAUGAAAUUUCUUUCCAAAUACCUAAUUCUGGUAAAAAUCAUACUGUAGUAGAGAAUUUUAUCAAACCUUCAAUAUCAGCAUUUCUUAAAACUGUUCUGGAAAAAGGUGACAAAGAUGUGAAGCUAUAAGGCUAUGCCAAUCAAUAACAAUACUAUUAGCAAAUUUUAAAAAAAAAAUUGAUGAAAUGGGUGAAGAUUUUGAAAUACAACUUAUUGAAAAGCUGAAAACAAUAAGAAUCUCAGUGCAAAUGGACGAAUCAACUUUGAGAGACAGUGAGGCCGUACUUAUGAUAUAUUGAUAAAGGAGAUUUUUCUGAAGAAAUCUUGUUCUGUAAAUCAUUAGAAAGCACCACUACUACCAAAGAUAGAUAUAUAUAAUGAGCUAAACAAUAAAUUAGAUAUCAAAAUUUUUUUAAAAAUAUAUCUUGUGCUGCAGAUGGCGCUCCCAAUAUGAUGGGCAAAAAAAAAAUGGCUGCUUUAAGUUGUUAAGGAUGAGAAUCCAGAAAUGCUACUUGUGCAAUGUGUUAUUCAUAGGGAAAACUUAGCAGCUAAAUAUAUUUCACCUGUUCUUAAUGAGUGCUAAACUCAGUUACAAAGUGUAUCAAUGCUAUUAAAGCUAAUGCCAAAUAUGAGUGUCUAUUCAAGCCUUUUUGUGAAGAUCAAAAUGCAGAUCAUGUGAGACUUUUACUUCAUACUGAAGUAAGGUGUAAGGUGGCUCUCAAAAGGGAACUGCUUGAAAAGAUGUAUGGAACUACCCUAUUUGAUACUCUUGGUGACUUUUUGUGAGAAACCUAAAAUUAAGUACCUGUUAACAGUUGAUGGUAAAUCAUUUGUGAGUUAUUUAGCCUAGCCGAUAUCUUUGAAAAACUAAAUAUAUUAAAUAACCAACUUCAAGGAGCAAAUAAAGCUCUUGACGAUGCAAAAGAAAAGAUAUUUGGUUUCAUUACCUUCAUCGGAUUGUGUCAGAAAUAGGUUUGUAACAAAAGUUGUUGAAAAGUUUCAUUGGCUUGAAAAAUGUGAAGUGUAUGAUAUCGCUAUACUUUUGUCAAUAAUCUAAAAAAAUUGUCAGCAGAUUUAGAUGGAAAUUUUUUUGAUUUAAAACGAACUGAUCCAUGAAAAAAUAUUACACCCAAAAAAGUGGGGCAGUCAUGUUCUUUCUUUUAGCUGCAGAAAUUCCUGUUAAGAAUUUAUUUGCUCUCAAUAGUAUCAGUACUUAUUGUAAGGUCUAGGGCUAACUAGUUUUGCUUUUAUUACAUAUAGGUUGAAGGAGGUGAUUUCCCACACCUUUUGGUUUAUGGCCCAUCAGGAGCUGGGAAGAAGACACGGAUUAUGUGCACUUUACGUGAAUUGUACGGCCCUGGUGUGGAGAAACUUAGAAUUGAACAAUGUCAGUUUACAACGCCCUCCAACAAGAAGCUGGAAAUAUCCACCAUUUCUAGCAACUACCAUAUCGAGGUUAAUCCAAGGUAAGCAAUACAGUUUUAUUGCAUCGGUGGUUCACUACUGUCACUAUAAGAAAGAAAUGUACAAAUGUAAAGGAAAAAGCAACUUCUGAAUUUAAUUUUUUUUUGUUUAUUCCAUAGUACUUGGGUCAGCUAUGUUUAAAAAUGUAUAACUAUUUUUUACUCGUUUGAAAGAAAAUAAAACAUUGGUAAAUAAUAUAUACAGAGAAUAUUGGUACGUUCUUAACUUUAACUCAUUUUAUCCUAACACCAUAUUUAUUUCAGCGAUGUUGGCCACAAUGAUAGAAUUGUAAUACAAGAAUUGAUUAAAAAUGUUGCUCAAGUGAACCAGCUAGAUACAACACAGCAGAAAAAUUUCAAAGGUAAGGUCUCUGUAUUGCAUUAUUAAGAAUAUAUUAGUUACAUGACACAGACAGUUAUUUUUAUGAGCUUAGUUACUUUAAAUCAAUUUUUUUAACUUACUGAAAAUUACUUUUGUCAUCUUCUAUAGUUGUUGUGCUGACGGAAGUUGACAGACUUACCAAGGAGGCCCAGCAUGCCCUGCGUCGCACUAUGGAAAAGUACAUGUCUACAUGCCGCAUAAUUUUGUGCUGCAAUUCUACUAGCAAAGUCAUCCCUGCCAUCCGCAGUCGUUGUCUUGGUCUUCGUGUUGCCGCUCCGUCCAUAGCAGAGGUGCGUUGGGUCUACUCUGCACAUUUUAGAUACUAUUUUUAAGGUUUUGUGUUUUUGGUUCGCCUACUUAUUAAAGUUUCAGGAAAUUUGUUAGAAGGGAAAUUGUUCAAACUGAAAUUUUUUCAAAUGUAAGUUUAUUUGAAAUGAAGUUUGUUAAACUGAGAUUUAUUUAUUUAAAUUUUUAUAUGGGAAAGUGUGAAUGAGAAAUGGGGAUACUGUAGACUUUUUUAAUAAAAUUUAUUUUUUUGGUUUUUUUACCAUUAGGCUUAAUAUUAUUCAAACCAAAGUUUAAAGGGAUUUUUUUAUUUGAUAUAUCAGAUAACGGUAUUAUACAAAAAAUAAGUACAUUGAAUUUGAAUAAAUGAUAGAACUUAAUAAUAUAUGCCUCAGUAUAUCUCUGACUUUUCCUGUCAACAGAUCAGCCAAAUCCUAAUCACUGUAUGUAAAAAAGAAGGGCUCACACUGCCCCAUGAAAUGGCAGUUAAAGUUGCAGAGAAAAGUGGCAGAAACUUAAGGAGGGCACUUCUGAUGUGUGAAGCCUGUCGAGUACAGCAGUGAGUACAAUUAAGAUGCCUUAAGUUUUAAAGAGUUUUUUAACAUUAAAAAAGAAAGCACAAAAGAGUUAGCCCCCAGAUAACAAUAAUUUCUGGGGGUUUUUUUUCAAAUCAACAUUUUAGUAGCAUCAUAUUUAUUGUAAUCAAUCCCCAUUGAACAGUUUUUUUAUUUUAAAACACUAGAUUUGAGUGUUCGGGACUUAAAGGUAAGUCAUGCAAACAUUAAAUGAAUACAAUAAAUAGUGGUUACUUAAAGGUUUUUCUCCUUUUUACUUGUCAUUUACCUUACCAUUUACUAAUAACAAUGUGGUUCUCGGAGAGUUAUUCGUAAGGUCAGUUGCCUACUAUUCAUAUUCUUCAUCAUUUUUAUUAGGUAUCCAUUUAACAUAGACAAAGAGAUAUCAGAGCCAGACUGGGAAAUUUACUUAAGAGAAACCGCAACCAUGAUAGCUCAGCAGCAAUCCCCAAAAAGGUGAGAUGUUAACACUGUAUGACCACCAUACAAAUUUGUAUCAUUGGUUUAGUUGUUUUUGACUUCAUAGAUACCAAACAGCUGAUUUGUCACUUACAAUAGCACAGACACAAUCAAAGAUUUAUAAUAUAUUUUAUCUGAUUCUAACAGUAACUAAGAAGUCUUAAAUAAGUUUCGUUUUUUGUUUUGGUUUUGUAUUAUUAUUUUUUAAGAGAAGGAAAAAAACUUGUUUCAAAUGAGUUGUAUGAUUUUUGUAGACACUAGAAGUAAAUUUGGGCCAUGAAGCAUCAACGGAAUGUUUGUUUUAUUUCUUUAAAUGUUUGAUCCGGCGCAUAACUAGUGCAUAACAUUUCACUUGAAUCUCUUGUCUAUUUUUCAGGUUACUGGAAGUGAGAGCACGAUUGUAUGAACUUUUGACUCACUGUAUACCACCUGACAUUAUCAUGAAGGUAAACAGCAGUGAUGAUAAAAAUGUACAUUUAAUUAUUGUUUCCUCAUAAUUUAAUUUGUUAGUACGUCUCCCCCAACAAGUGCAAGAAGGUCACCACCGCAAUGGUUUAAAUUUGACAGGAGCAAACACAAGAUGUGUUUUUGCAUAUUUCAACUCCCUUAUAAUUCUGGGGAAUUUUCACUUCCAACUAAACAUGACUGAUUCUUCUUUACAAUUUUUGCCAGAUCAAGUGCAACAGAUGUGACAAUUGACAAAUUGAGAGUUUUUAAAAAAAGGGAGUUUCAGUUUUAAUUUUAAAAAAUAUUAGCAAUAAAAUUUGAUCAUGUAGCCUAGAAGAUAUGAAAUCAAAUGUCAGCUUAGUUACCAUUUAAAGUUUUUAGUAUUUGGAGACAAUGAUAGAUAUCUAGAAAGUGUCUCAGAGUCAAUGUUUUACUGUCCGGGGGGUUUCUGGGUUAUACAUUUUUUUUAUUUUUUUUUUUUGAAGGGUCUUUUAAAGGACCUGCUAGCAGUUUGUGAUGGCCAACUGAAAGCUGAAGUUGUGCAGUGUGCAGCAUUCUAUGAACAUAGACUUCAACAAGGUCAAAAGGCAAUUUACCAUUUGGAGGCUUUUGUUGCAAAGUUUAUGGCUAUUUACAAAAGAUUUCUUGAAGAAGGAAUUGCAGACAUUUUCUAAUCGUUGCAAAACAAGAUAUUAUGGAAGUAUUGAAUCGUUGAAUUUUUUUAAAUUCAGGUAUUAAAUGUUUCUAUUGAUCAUACUGUAUAUUGCCAUUGAUCUCUGAAGUGCCCUGAAUUAAUUUUUAUCACUAAAAUUGAAAAUGCAUGUGUAAAAGUGUGGGCCGCAUAAAACCGUGAGCCGGAGGAGAGGUCGGGGGGGCAGGGUGUCUACCUAGUUACUGGCUGGUCUUUUCAGUGAAAUCAGGGUCUCAUUUGAGUAUUCUCUUUUAGUCACUUUAAAAUUAUGCGGAUAUGUGAGUUUUAUGUAACCUUCCCAGUUUUUCAUGGAGUCUUCAAUCCAUUACUAUGUUAGAGCAGCAUAGGCCUACCCUGAUUUAAAAGUUUAUUUGGUGUCCCAGAGCGGCCUUUCAGCCCCUAAGAACUAUAUAGGUUGGAACCACUGGUUUGGUAUGUGAUUUAAGCAGUCCCUGACAUGUAACAGAAUGUCUAAAAAUUUUGUAAAUAUUUCUGUGGUUUAUCUUGUGCAUGAGAAUUUAUUGUGAUUCGGAUAUUAAAAAAAUCUCCCAUUUAAACAUUGCUACCUGACAUUUGUCUUUUUCUUUAAAAUGACCCCCCAAAAAACUCAUAAAAUCUCAAUGAUCAUCAUCAUGUAUAAUUACUUUCUUGUAAUUAAUUGAAAAAGCAAAUAUUCAUUGAUGAAUCGAACAUUUUUAAAAUUUCUCAACAUACCUAAAACUAAAAACCAAUGACCGAAAUAUUGUGUCACAGUUAACAAAAUGCACUCUCAUUGACAUAAUUAAAAAUAAUUUCUUGUCAAAUUUCAUAAACAGUUUCAGCCCAAUGCCAUUGUUAUUCUUCUUAACCCUAUGACUGUCAUAUGAAUACCCCUGUGCUGUCAUGGCCCAUAUAAUUGGGCGCUAGCAAAAUCGUCAUUAAAAUUUGAUUGAUUUAAUGUAUAGCCAUAUAUGGACAAUUUUAGCCCUAAGCUUACUCAUAUUGCUACAGACAAAUUUGUUUGGGAAAGGGUGGAAAUAGAAAAAAAGAUUGAAUCCCAAAGAGCUACCCAAAGGCAUUUAUGUUUGUGUAUGUUCUGGAGUAUUAAUAAAAAUGGA